GCCAUCUCUUCUCCGUGUUCCUCAUGUACCGAUCUCGCGAUACGCACACGAGAGCGACAAGGAAGACGAGUGAAAAUGGCGAAGCCCAUGCCGUCCAUCCACUUCAAUCCAAAAAUGUGAAUGCAACCAAAGUUCCCAGCGAGGGACCACGACGAUUAAAGGUCAAAGAUGUAAAUGCGCAGUCGCCCAUCAGCACGCCCACCAAAGACAAGUACCCCACCAAAGAUGGGCUCCAGAAGACGCGAUCCAUUUCAGUGUAUCACGAUAAAGAAAAUGAUAAACAAGUUGAACCGACGUCCACCAAAGGAAAAGGCGCAGCCACCCGUGAAUCAAAGUCAAUCACGCCUCUCAAACGAACCACUAGCAAUACUGGUGACGUCUCCGAUCGCCCAACGAACUGAACGCAAAGUCCAGAAACGCGAACCACCCACCAUUGAAUAUGCGCCGCCCAAGGAAAAAGAAUUACCGUGGAUUCCCGAUACCGAAUUUGAUCUGUCGCUAUUUGGCGGAGAAGCCGACCUUGAUCUGUACGAACAGUCAGCCCUUGUGCUGAAGGAUGAUACCGGAGAAACCUUCCGAACCACACAGAGAAAAUUUGAACUUGAUUCAAUCAAAGAAGAAGAAAUAACAACGACGGAAACCAGGGAAUCCCCAGAAAUCGAGCCAAAACCAGUGGAACCGAGCUUGUUGAAGGAAGAACCGGUGCUUGAACAGGGAUCACCUGUUACGGCAUUCGCGUUUGAAUCUGUUGAUAUGCCUACCAUUGUGACACCGACAGCCAUCGAAUACGGCCCUCCACGUGAAAAAGAGCCAGAAUUCUUUGCGUUUGACGAUGUCGACGUACCUACUAUCCACGCCGUCAAUGCUAUCGAUGACGAUGCACUUGAAUUCGUCUAUCCAUUCGAAGAGGAGAGCUCUCUUCAUUGUGGUGAUGUGAGCGACGAGGAUCUCGCUAUUCCCUUCAGUGAUUUCGUCUUUGACGACAUCUAUGCCCUUCCCUGCUUCACAUAAGAACCUUUCCUGUAUAUAUUAUCAUUCUAUGUUUAUCCCUUUCACGUUGAGCCACUGUGAGCUAUGGACAAGCUAAUUUGCUUGCAUAAAUCAAUGAAACAAGUCACGGACCCUUUUUCCAUUGGCUUCCUUGGAAUUUCUCAAACAAAAAU